AUCCAGGUGUCCUUUAAACUUCCUAACCUUUGCCUCUCAUUUGAGCUUAGCGACUUGUUGUGUGGUCAUCAUGAAGCUUCUUUCUUUGCUCUUCUUGCUUGUUCUUCUGGUCAUCGCUCAGGCUAAACCAAAACACAGAGAGAGGGAAAAACAUAAACCUGGCUUAGGUGGAUUAGUAUUAACAGAGAUUGGUGAGCUGUGCCAUUUCCCAUUCCAUCAUGAACGUAGGGAACACCACACUUGUAUCAGAAAAGGAAAACCCAGACCAUGGUGUUCACUCACAAGAAACCUUGACAAAGACAAACGCUGGUCAUUCUGUGUGGAAGGGUCCAAAGUCACAGAUCACUGUAAAGACAACCCAUGUGAACCCAAAGGUAUAUGCGAAAACACUUUAAAAGGUUAUAAAUGUGUGUGCCAAGAGCCCUACACAGGCAAGAACUGCAAAAAAGACAAAUGCUUUGAUGAAACAUUGCAACAGUACUUUGAACCCCAAGAUAAGUGGCUAAGAUACAAACCCCCCAUCUUGGAAGAAUGCACCUGCGGCGAGAAGAGGACUGUUUGUAAAACAACAACAGGGAAACAAUGCUCUGACAACUCAUGUCUCCAUGGAGGACCCUGCAUUCAAAUCAAGCAUAGCAAGGUGUGCGGCUGUAGCAAGGGGUACAUGGGACCUCGCUGUGAAAUAAAUAAAAAUGAAAAUUGUUUAUCUGGAAAUGGCACCACAUAUAGAGGAACUAAAAAGGUCACUGUGACAGGCACACCAUGUUUAAACUGGGAGUCUGACAUCAUUCAACAUGAAGUUUCUGCGUACAGUGGACCUAACGCAAAGAAACAUGGUAUAGGACCUCAUUCAUUCUGCAGGAGCCCAGAUGGAGAUGCACAGCCUUGGUGCUUCAUACAGAAGAAUGGAACCCUCACUUGGGAACACUGUGAUAUUCCUCAUUGCCACCGGCCUACAGCCAGUCCAACAAAACCAUCAAGUCCACCACAACCAACAACAAGCAAACCUCAAACACAAACCAAAAAACCUCCAUUACCGACAAAAGCAUCUAGUCAUCCUGUUAAAACCACUGUUCUUCCUACCAGUACAGCAGUUAAUAAAGAUGUCAAUCGGGCAAUUCCUGUAGACUGUGGAAAGAGGUUCUUAAAAAGCCCUUCUAUGACCGCACGUAUUGUAGGAGGAUUGGUGGCACUACCUGCUUCUCAUCCAUAUAUGGCAGCCAUUUAUAUGGGACAACAGUUAUGUGGUGGAUCCCUGAUCUCCUCCUGCUGGGUUGUAACAGCUGCUCAUUGUUUAGAUGAUAAGCCAAGCGUGAAGACAAUGACUGUGGUGCUAGGGCAGAGUUUAUUUAACACUACAGACCAUCGUACAGUAAAAUUUUCUGUGAAGAAAUACAUUCUUCAUGAACUAUAUUCUGAUGUGACUUUCCAAAAUGAUAUAGCACUGGUGAGACUGCAAGAUGUGAAUGGAGUGUGUGCCCAGUUUUCCCAGUUUAUACAGCCUGUAUGUUUACCAAAGAACACCAUGACAGCUGCAUCUUCACAACAUUGUGAAGUGGUUGGUUGGGGUCAUCAGUACUCUGGGGCCGAUCAUUAUGCCUUAUAUCUGCAGGAAGCACAUGUGCCGAUUCUUUCCAAUACACAAUGCCAAUCUCCCCUUGCCCAUGGUAGUAAAAUAAUGGCUGGUAUGAUGUGUGCUGGCUUCAUGGAAGGAGGUGUUGAUGCAUGCCAAGGAGACUCUGGAGGACCCCUUGUGUGUGAAGUGGACAGCAGAGUGCAGCUAUUUGGUGUUGUCAGCUGGGGUUCUGGCUGUGCAGAGGAGAAUAAGCCUGGUGUCUACACUGAUGUCUCCAAAUACACAGAAUGGAUCCUUACUAACACUGAUUAGGUUUUUCUAGGACAGUGAUACCAUGUUGGCAAUCGCUCAUUGUGUGACUGCUUUUUAAAAAUCAAAACUGUAAAUAAACAGCUAAAUGCACUAAUUAAAUACA